CCUCGUUCACUGUCGUCAUUCGGCUCGGCCUGCUCGUAUUUCGCUCAACAUUUAUCUCGCAUUUCCCAACCUCGUCUCGCUUUGUCCGUUCGAUCGAAGCUCAAACGCCUCAAGCACCGCGGCCGCGGGAUCUCGAUCUAAACUAAAGAAUCUCAUCGAUCUCGUCGUCACCGAGCGUCGAAUUGCGCUUUAUCGUCGUUCACCACCGACAGUUCGGUUUCGGUUCGGUGUCGGUUCGAUAUCCGCCAGCUCCAAGUUUGAACGUAUCUCAGUGUUGAGAUAUGAGGCUUGUUUUAAACGUGAAAAGUUACGGAUAGUUUUAUCGAAACAUUUGUUGGAUUUUACUGCAGAGUGUAUCUGCGGUUAGAAGAAGGAUUCUCUCUCGAGGGAAUAGACGGCUACGAACGAGAACACUCGUCGACGUCCAUAGAGUCAAGUUCGAUAGAGCCCGCGUAUACGAUCGGGAUGGCAUUUAGUAUGACAUUUAUAACGAGAAAGUGUGCAUUCUACGAUCGACGAUUAUCAAUGAAGCCUCUUUAAUUGAAAACAUAGUGGAGGUUUUACAGUACGACAUGCGGCUUUGUUCUCUGCUGACGAAUUUCUCGUAACGAUAAUGACUCUUUCGCAAUGGCAUUAAAUUCUUCCUACUUUAUAUUGGAAUAUUGGAGCUGUCGCUUAUGAUUCUUGGAAAAUAAAACGAGAUGGAACUUAAAUUUGGAACAGACGGUGCGAUGUUAUGUUCCGCAAACCGCCGUGGGAAUUCGAGAAUCGCCGUCGAAAACGCGAAAAGCAAGAGUAAGAAGCGAUCAUUGUUAAGCUGAAUGGUCAAACAGCGUACUAGGUGGAUGGCGACAGCAAUGAUCGUAGUACGACGACGAUAGAAAGACGUUAGAACGUUACCGCUUGCGGCUGCAGCUGCGGCGUCAUCGGUCGCUGCACCUGCAGCUGCGGUGGUGGCGGUGGCGACGAUUUAAUAAGAGGGCGAAACGAUGCAGAACACCGGUGACUAUUAUCAAAGAGCGCCGAGAUGUUGUCCAGGUAGAAGUGGCAACAGCAACAACAACAAUAAUAGUGCGAGCGGAUCGGUGCGAGGCGCGGAGCUGCUCUGCUGCUGCUGCAGCUGCAGCACCUCUACCUCCACGAAAACUCCGGGACUGCUAGCGAGUCUUGGCGUGUGUGUGCUCGUCCUCGGCUACACCCUCCUCGGCGCGUUCGCCUUUAUGGCCCUCGAGGGAGAUCUUAAAUCGGAUUCGCUUACCGAGAUUCCAUCCUCAAAAUCCGACGGGGCUUCCUAUGUGCUGCCUAAUCUGGAGAACGACUCCGUUGCCACAGAAUUGAGAGCACGUACGGUCGAAAAGCUAUGGAGCAUCACCGAGGAUCUUAACGUUCUCUAUAAAGAGAAUUGGACUCGCCUAGCUGCUCGAGAAGUCCUCGAGUUCCAAGAGAAUCUGGCCCGCGGUCUCAGGCGCACUUCUUACGAGCAGGUGCCUCCGCGAUCCCGAGAGCAUCAGGCAGAUAGACGACUACACGGUCGACGAUGGACUUUCAGCAGUAGCUUGCUGUAUUCUCUGACGUUAAUUACUACCAUAGGAUAUGGUAGCGUAGCACCACGCACAGUUUGGGGCCGGUUGAUCACUAUAGUUUACGCCUUGGCGGGAAUUCCGCUGAUGCUGGUCUAUCUAAGCACAGUAGGCGACGUGCUCGCCCGAAGCUUCCGUCGUCUCUAUGGACGUAUAUGUCGGCAGCCGCGUAACUGCACGCGAAAACAGCAACCACCGCCACCGCCACCACCAGUCGGUGGUAUAAUGACCAAGGCGUAUCGCUACGACAAUCACGUGGAGACCAAGGGAGGCGGCAACUACUAUUCGGCAAGCAGAGAAAGUUCCUGCGAUGAUUUGGGUAUUCGCGGUACUGGCAGCGCAAUCUUGCUCGACUGCGGUAGCGAGGGUCUCUUGCACGCUACUACCAGUUCGACAGCCGCGCUCCAGGAUGUGACAACGGGUAACGGCAAGCGACACUUUCAUCCGUGUUCGCUGUCCUUAUCAUCGACUUCAUCACCGGCGUACAUGCUAGAGACCAAUCCCGUCAGGAUACCGAUCAGCUUGUGCCUGGCGAUAAUGCUAGUGUAUAUAUGCGGAGGCGCGAUCAUGUUCAAUCGUCUGGAAGGCUGGAGCUUGUUGGAGGGCGGGUACUUCUGCUUCACCAGCCUCGGUACGAUCGGCUUUGGAGACCUGAUGCCGGUGGGACGCAACGCGCCCUCAACCACCCUGGAGGAGUUCAGCCUGUGUGCAUGCGCGCUCUACAUCCUCGCUGGGAUGGGCCUGAUCGCCAUGUGCUUCAACCUCGUCCAGGAGGAGGUGGUACGCGUGGUCAGGGUCUUCGGUAGAACCUGCGGCAUGUCGUCGGGCGUGGUGGUCGGACCUAUCGGUGGUACAGCAGGCGCCACUUCCGGUCUCAAGGCCGAUCUCGAUGACGGAGGCGGCACCAGCGAUUCGCGAUUGUCCGAACAAGAAGAGGAGGCGAUCGCCAUGUCAAUGGUGUCGGCCAGUUCCUGACAGCAUCAGGCCAGGAGCCCCGGCGACGGCAAGCUCCUGGCCCAUCCCUCGAACACUGCCAUAAAGUUG